CGCCCACGAGAAUGGUCUCCGAGUCGGAAUCAUCCUCUGCCUUCUCUCAGGGGUGAUCUACCCUUUCUACGGGAUUGGUAUCAGCAACCUCCUAGCCACAAUCCCAGGAGUCAACAUGGUGAUGGUGAUGGCCCAGGCUGCGACGGGGGUGGCCGUGGGCCUCUGCUUCAUGUCUUGCGCCGUCUUCCUUAGCCCUGUCAGCUUUCGCCCAGACCGAGACCCGGCCCUAAUCCAGCUCCUCAGCGACCUGGGCUGGCUCUACUACAUGAUGUUUCUCCCGAUGCUAUAUCUCCAGGAUUUCCUGAUCACCUCGAUUAUCCUGUCGGACCGCCGCGAACAGCCUCUCAUUCCCCGCUGGAUGGCGUGGAUCAACUUUGUCCUGCCGCUGGGCUGGUUCGGAGGUCUCGGCGUGCACUGCGCUCACUCCGGCCCCUUCGCUUGGAACGGCGCCAUCACCUUCUGGCUGGCUACCGCGUGCUAUGUCGUCCAGAUCGUCAUCAAUAUUCCCGUCUACUGGGUUGCCGCAGGCAAGAUUCCGCAAAGCUAGCUGGGGUUAUGGUUCGAAAUCUCAUUCCCAUGGACUUGCUUGUUCUUCUUGGCAGGUUAGACCUGAUAUCGUGAGCGAGGGCGCCGGUGGGGUGGGGGGAAAGGGGAAGACAUUAAUCAUCAUGUGGCUGGAAAGUGUGGGCCGUGCUGCGUUCGUGUCUGUGUAUAUAGCUUGUUCCCGACUCUUCAUGCAGAUUAACCUCGCACGGACACUUUAAGUGCACUUCCCCAGUGGCGAAUCGUCC